AUGGCGUCGACAAGCACCAAGGUCGGCCACGGCCUUGCAAAGGCACUUGGCAUCAAGCUGGACUAUCGCAACGAGACUGGAGCUUCGAAACUGAGCCGUGGCGAGUCAGUAUUCUCCGUCGACAGUUCGAACAGCUACAUCGAGGAGGAGCCUACCGCAGCGGACUGGAUCCGCGAAGUCUUGCCUGAUGGACCUGGGGUACUGCGGUACUUCCGUAACCUGUUCCCCUUCACACACUGGAUUAUGAGGUACAACUUACAAUGGCUGUAUGGAGAUCUCGUUGCUGGCAUCACGGUCGGCGCUGUCGUCGUUCCACAAAGCAUGGCAUACGCAAAACUUGCCGAGCUUCCUGUCGAAUUUGGCCUGUACUCCUCUUUCAUGGGUGUACUCAUCUACUGGUUCUUCGCUACAUCAAAAGAUAUUACCAUCGGCCCUGUCGCUGUAAUGUCUACCAUCGUCGGUAACAUCGUCCUCAAGGUUCAAGCAGAAGAUCCAAAUCUGGCUCCGGAGGUGGUUGCAUCUGCUCUUGCAAUUAUCGUCGGAGGUAUCGUCUGUUUCAUUGGCCUCGUACGCCUCGGCUGGCUCGUCGAAUUGAUCUCACUCACCUCGAUCUCUGCAUUCAUGACCGGAUCCGCCAUCAACAUCGCUGUUGGCCAAGUACCAAAUUUGAUGGGCUUGAGCAGCGUGAACAACCGCGCUUCGACUUACUUGGUGGUCAUCAACUCGCUGAAGCACCUGGGAGAGACCAAGCUGGACGCAGCACUGGGCCUGACGGCACUGACAAUGCUGUAUCUCGUCCGCUUCACCUUCAACCAGCUUGCCAAGCGACAGCCUCAACGCAAGAAAUUGUGGUUCUUCUGCAAUACGCUACGAACCGCCUUCGUGAUCCUUCUCUACACCCUGAUCAGCUACCUGAUCAACCGAAACCUACCGGACCACAGCACCAAGUCUGCUAAAUCAUCGCCCGUCAAACUCCUUGGACCUGUUCCCAGAGGAUUCAAGCACGCCGCGGUCCCAACUGUCAACAGCCACAUUGUCAGUCUGUUCGCGAGUGAGAUCCCAGUCUCGGUCAUUGUGCUUCUCAUUGAGCACAUCUCCAUUUCGAAGUCCUUCGGCAGAGUCAACAACUACACAAUCGACCCGUCGCAAGAGCUAAUCGCUAUCGGAGUGUCGAACCUGCUGGGCCCGUUUUUGGGCGCCUAUCCAGCUACUGGCUCCUUCUCUCGAACCGCGAUCAAGUCCAAAGCUGGUGUGCGCACGCCAUUCGCCGGUGUCCUCACUGCGCUUGUUGUGCUGCUCGCAAUCUAUGCACUUCCAGCAGUGUUCUUCUUCAUCCCGAACUCAGCGCUCAGCGCUGUCAUCAUCCAUGCUGUCGGCGAUCUGAUCACCCCACCCAACACGGUCUACCAGUUCUGGCGAGUUUCACCACUCGAGGUCAUCAUCUUCUUCGCCGGUGUUAUCGUCACUGUCUUCACGUCCAUCGACAUCGGUGUUUACGUCACAAUCGCGACCUCGAUGGCACUCCUGCUCUUCAGAGUAUUCAAAGCUCAAGGACGCUUCCUUGGUCGCGUCAAGGUGCACUCCGUGAUUGGUGAUCAUCUUAUUGAGGGCGAAGACAAUAAGCCCGGCACGGUGAGACUUGGCCAGGAUAGCGACCCCAACAAGUCUGCGAGAAACAUCUUCCUGCCAAUCGAGCACGAAGAUGGCUCAAACCCGACCAUUCGUGCCCAGCAUCCGUAUCCUGGCAUCUUCAUCUACAGGUUCUCAGAAGGCUUCAACUACCCCAACGCAAACCACUAUCUGGACUACAUGGUUCACAGGAUCUUCGAAGAGACGCAACGCACAAAUCCCCACGGCUACGCGCGACCUGGCGACCGGCCUUGGAAUGACCCCGGCCCAAAGCCAGGCAAGGAAGUGGUGCAGGACGACCAUAGACCGACUCUCAAAGCCAUCAUUCUCGAUUUCUCGUCGGUCAACAAUGUUGAUCUCACAUCAGUGCAGAACCUCAUUGACGUCCGCAACCAACUCGAUCGCUACACCGCGCCGGAACGCGUACAAUGGCAUUUUGCUUGCAUCAACAAUCGCUGGACGAAACGUGCCCUCGUCGCUGCAGGCUUUGGAUAUCCAACCGCUAUUGACGGCAGCUACUCUCGGUGGAAGCCAAUCUUCAGCGUCGCCGAACUUGGUGGUAACUGGAGCGCGGCUGCUGCUGCAGAAGAAGAGGAGAACAGAGAGCUGCACAAACAACGCACAGAUAUCGAGACUGGGCAAAGAGAGGUUGACAGCAUCAACCACUCUGAAGCCAGCUCAUUCACCGAUAUCGACAAGCAGCUGCAGAAGUCGAGGGCGUAUGGUCAAAGCAAUGUCAAGGUUGCAGUCGUGCAUGGCUUGAACAGGCCAUUCUUCCACAUCGACUUGACUAGUGCGCUGCAAUCGGCAAUCCACAAUUUGGGAGGCCAGGCGGAAUCAGAGGGCGAGACUCAGAAUGGGCAGUCAUGA